GGCCGACGAACAUUUAUAGAAAGACAGCUUGCAAUCAACCAUAACAAUCGUGACAGACACACACUGACACUUCAUAUUCCCUCUAACACAAGGCAUCGAAAUACACUCCCAAAAACUUGUAUGAUUCUGGCGACGCUACAUGCUAAAAAGCGCCGGGGAGGAGGUUACAAGAUUCCGCCACCUCCCCACGUCUUCACUAUGCAACUUUAGAUCGAGAUCUUGAGCGAUCAAGUUUGUUGAACAACAUUGUAAAUUAGGGCUGCUUGUUGUUGAGUAGAAUUUUGAAGGUUUGAGGAAAUGGGGGUUAUGUCAAGACGGGUGCUGCCUGUCUGUAGUAACCUAUGUAUAUUUUGCCCUUCUAUGAGGGCUAGGUCGAGACAGCCGGUGAAACGGUAUAAGAAGCUUCUUGCGGAUAUAUUUCCCCGGUCUCAGGAUGCUGAGCCAAAUGAUCGGAAGAUUGGGAAGCUCUGUGAAUAUGCUUGUAAAAAUCCCUUACGUAUACCAAAGAUUACUGAUUACCUAGAACAGAAGUUUUACAAGGAGUUGCGUAAUAAAAACUUUAUAUCUGUAAAAGCUGUGCCACUUGUUUACGGGAAAUUGCCAUCCUCAUGUAAGGAGCAGAUGCCACUUUUUGCCAGUAGUUUGUUGGGAGUUGUUCGGACCCUUUUAGAUCAAACCCAGCAUGAUGACAUGCAAAUUCUUGGUUGCCAGACUCUUGUCAACUUCAUAAAUAAUCAGGUGGAUAGUACAUACAUGUUCAACUUAGAAGGUCUCAUUCCCAAACUCUGUGAACUGGCUCAAGAAAUAGGAGAUGAUGAUAGAGCGUUACGGUUGAGGUCAGCAGGACUUCAAGUUUUGGCUUGCAUGGUGCGGUUUAUGGGGGAGCAAUCUCAUAUCUCUAUGGACUUUGACAAUAUUGUAUCAGUAACCUUGGAAAACUUAAGGGAGACACCAAACAACCAAGAAAAUGCACAAGAACAUGCUGACCAUGGAUCGUCAUUCUUGGAUAUAAACAAGAUGAUCACGAAUGGCGUUAACGUUAAAACAGACGUCCCUAUGGGGGAUGUACACAAAAGCCCUUCUUAUUGGGCCAGUGUCUGCCUGCAUAAUAUGGCUCACUUGGCAAAAGAGGGAACAACUGUACGGCGCGUACUUGAACCACUUUUUCACAGUUUCGACACGGAAAAACAUUGGUUCCCAGAAAAUGGAUUGGCCUUUUCUAUUUUGAAGUAUCUGCAGAUGGUGUUAGAGGAAUCAGAAGAUGACAAGUCCCACCUACUCUUGUCGGCCUUGGUCAAACACUUGGAUCACAAGGAUGUUGUUAAACAGCCGGUUAUGCAAACGCACAUUGCAAACGUGGCUACACAAUUGUCACAACAUGUAAAGCAGCAGGCCUCAGGUGCCAUUGUUGGUGCAAUAAACGAUCUUAUUAAGCACGUGCGAAAAUGCAUACAGAAUUUGUCUGAACCAUUAAGUCCUAAAGUGGGAUCUGAUAGCUCUUAUAUGGAUCUUCAAUGUGCUUUGGAAAAUUGUAUCUCAAGUCUCUCGCAUAAGGUUGGAGAUGUGGGACCGAUUCUUGAUAUGAUGGCUGUAGUGCUCGAGAAUAUUCCGGCAAGUGCUUCUUUAGCUAGAACAACUAUGUCUGCUCUUUAUCGAACCGCACAACUUAUCAGUUCCGUUCCAAACGUAUCCUAUUACAAGAAAGCGUUCCCUGAUGUUCUGUUUCAUCACUUGCUUUUAGCAAUGUCACACCCUGAUCAUGAAACGCGUGUUCUUGCGCAUCGUGUGUUCGUCAAUGUGCUUAUGCCAUCUGGCAAUCUUCCCCUGGUUUCAAAUGAAAAUCAAGCUGUUGAAUCUUUGCCAGAUGGGAAAACAAUCUCGAGUUCGUUGCGACUGAGUCGCCAUCAAGUGAGUCUUGUGCUUUCAUCAAUUUGGGUUCAAGCAACAAUGACAGGAAAUACCCCUGAAAAUUUUGAGGCGAUGGCACAGACAUACAAUCUUGCGUUAUUUUUUACUUUAUCAAAGAACUCGAAUCAUAUGGCGUUAAUCCGGUGCUUUCAGCUGGCAUUUUCUCUAGAAAGCAUCUCCUUGGAUCAACAAGGUGGUCUGCAACCAUCCCAGAGAAGGUCUCUCUUCACAUUGGCAUCAUGCAUGAUUAUUGCUUCUGCAAUGGCGAGCCAUAUUUCAGAGCUGGUUCCUAUUGUUAGGUCAACUUUGACAGAAGAAACGAUGGAUCCUUAUCUUGCAUUGGAUGAAGGUAUGAAGCUGCAGGCUUGUACAAAACCUGGUGACGAUAAUUCAUACGGAUCACAAAAGGAUGAAGCUGCUGCACUGAGGUCACUCACUGCCAUUGAAUUUAAGGACCAGCAGUUAAAAGACACGCUUUUGACCCACUUGCUUUCAAAGCUUGAAAAUUUGUCAGAGGAAGAACAGUUGGAUAUGAAGGCACAACUUUCACAGGAGUUUUCUCCUGAUGACGAAUAUCCGUUGGGUGGCCCGUUAUUCAUGGAGACACCACUGCCAUGUUCACCAGUUGCCCAAACAGAGUUUCAGGCUUUUGAUGAGGUUAUGCCUCAUGCUGAUGAAACGGAUGAUGAUGCAUUUCAAGAACAAUAUGGAGGCCAAUCUGGUCGCAAAGAUUCUCUUUCAAUGAAUUCACUCGACAUUUUGAGUGUAAACCAGUUACUAGAAUCGGUACUGGAAACAGCCCGACAGGUUGCAAGCUUGCCCGUUUCCUCAACUCCUGUAACAUAUAACCAAGUCAAAGAUCAAUGUGAGGCUUUGGUAACGGGUAAACAGCAAAAGAUGUCUGUGCUUCAGAGUUUCAAGAAGCAACAAGAAUGCAUGGCAAUUAUCAUAUCCGGUGAACAAGAAAAUAACAGCCUAAUUACAUCGAACACCAAAACAGAGUUUCCAGAAGAUGUUAAAUUAUUAACGAAUGGCGUUGUGCAUGAUCAACUCAUUUCUUGUACAAAAGAGUACGGUCAACAACAGUCUUUUAGACUUCCACCUUCGAGCCCAUAUGACAAGUUUUUAAAGGCAGCUGGAUGUUAAUAAACAGUUUUAUAUUAUAAUUCUUCGUGCUGUAUAAAUAUAUAUAUGUUUUCUCCAGGUUUUCUUGUUCUUUUUCGAAAGUAGAAAAAGAGCUGUAGAGCAAAAUGUUGUGGUUAGACGCCAAAAUGUUAUAGUGAAGAAUCGAGAUAAUUAUUCUUUUGAUUUGGCUUGAGGUGUGUUUCAUAUUCAUAUGUUGUGUUUGAGGAUAAAAUUUGAAGUAUUUUCAGUUUGGAUGAUUAA